UUGUGGAACCAUUGGAUUUAAAUGCAAUUCUCACAGACUGCCAAAUGGAGGAACCUCUAAAAGUACCUAUUUCAGCAAUACUUUGUAUGAUAUUUUUUGGGACAGUGUUAUUUGUUUGCAUGUGUGGUACAAUAUUAGAUUUAAGUGACCGUAAAAUGAAAGAGAGUAAAAGGAAAUAUCCAGAUGAAAGCUUUACUAAGCGAUUGCUGAAAGCUUUCUCUCUUUAUACUAAUACAGAAAAGUUAUUCACAGAGAAUUCCAAACAAGUGUCUCUGAAUUACACUCAAGGAUUUCGGGUGAUUUUAUCUUUCUUCAUCUUGUGGGCACAUCUUAUUCUAUUUCCGACUCCAGGGAAAGAAAUACGUUAUAAGAAUUUUCAUUUUAUAUAUGAAGUUUUGGAUCCCAUUGUGGAAAAUAAUGGGGUAAUUUUUGUGGAUUGCUUCUUUGCUCUCAGUGCCUUUUUGCUUAGCUAUCUAGCAUGGCAAGCAAUUGAGCAAUCAAAAGGACGUUUGAAUGUUUUUGGAAUAGUUGUAUACAGGUAUUUCAGGUUGAAUCUUCAAAUAGCUGCAGCAGCGCUACUUUUUCUAAUCCUGCCGAUAUUGAGUUCGGGUCCGAUAUGGAAAUCUUCUUGGGAAUCAGAAUUUGAAAAUUGUUACCAAAAUGGUUGGAAAAAUGUGAUGCAAAUUCAAAAUUAUGAUGCCUUGAAUGAAAUCUGUAUGGUGCAUACUUGGUUUAUUGCUAACAUAAUGCAGCAUUUGGUAAUUUCCCUUCCUUUGAUGAUUGCGAUUUACAGGUACCCCAAAGCUGGAAUAUUUAUGGGGUUGCUUUUGUUUUUUGUACCAUGUUUUUAUUACGGCUAUCAACUUUUUAAAUUCCAAUAUCCAUUUCUGUCAUUUAACUCAGUCAUAUUUGUCCACGUUAUUGAAGAAGUAACAAAAAAAACUUAUUUAUAUCAAUCGUUCCACCUUCCCGCCCAACUAAUUGGAAUGCUUUCUGGUUGGGUCUGUCUUAAAUAUGGAAAACAAAAGCUACCUAAAACUUGGGUUAUUACUGGAUGGAUUUUUUCCAUACUGUGCUUCAUCGCAGUCACAGGCUCAGUAUUUUUACCCAUAAAAGACCUGAGAAUUACUACAUUCUAUAAUAUUGCUAGAGUUCCUGCCAUGGCUUUCAUAACUAGUUGGAUACUAUACUCCUGUGAGGCUGGUCAUGGAGGUGUUGUCAACAAAAUACUUUCUUCGAAGGCAUUCCUUCCACUAAGUCGUAUAAGUUAUACCAUUUACAUAGUGCACCCUUUAUAUUUGAUAUUUAGGGAUGCUAUUAAUGCUGAAAGACGCUACAUGGAUANUAUACCUCAUACCAGUCACAGAGCCUCUGUCAAAGACAUGGAGAG